AUGUCGCAUGUGCAAUUCCUGCAAACAGGCGCCUGCCUUGAAUCCUUGGCGAAUGCCAGCAGAAUGAAUGUUGGCAUUACACGUCGCAUAGUAUUGUCAUGCUUAACAAACAUCUUAACGUAUGGGGCAGAGCACAUUGAACCCAUGCCGCAUGUGGCUCGCAUGCACGACCUUCGACGGAUGGCGGAACGCCUUUUCCGGCGAACAAUAGCUUCCCAGCACCUUCAAAGUCGCUUUGUUCAGGCCGUGGCCGAAUUUUACGUUGCUCUCAAAGAUUCAGAGCAUUGUUGGCGGGUCAUUGGGGAUGCACAAGUGAAGAUUCGUGAUGAAGUAUACAACGCCGCAGCCGAUACAGAAUCUUUUAUGCAGAAGAGGCUUGAACAACGCAGCUUGUACCGACGUCGAGAGGGAAUGCGUGUGACUGUUGAAAAAGUGCUUCACCCAGAAAGCCUUCGUAUAGGAGUUAAUCCCAAUAAGACAAUAUUGGCUUGGAGUGAACGUUCAGGAACUUCCGUUGUCGCUGACGUGCCUCUUGGCUCUGGAAGGUGGUAUUUUGAGGUGCGUAUGAUGGCGACAGGGGACGUGUUUAUAGGCGUGCUUCCAUCUAAGCUCCAUGACUGGUCUGAUGCACCAACGCCUGAUACAUUUUUGACGUUUAACGGCAAAACUGGCGCCUUCCAUGGAGCGAAAGACACUUCCGUGGCCCCACGCCGUAUUUGGAAAGCUAAGGACUACGUUGGAGUUGUCAUGGAUGGCGCUAAGAAGACGUGCUCCUUCUUUGUUAAUGGGUGCGACACAGGUUUUUUCUUUCACUUUGCUGCAAAUGAGGCGGAGGCCGUUUGUGCUGCUGGUGCGAACCAGCAAGAUGAGCUGGAGAUGUCUUAUUAUCCAUUUUUUGUGCUUGAAGAGGAAGAGGGGGUCACAAUCAACUUUGGUGGAGCCCAUUUUGAGUUUGAGUCUCCACGGGACUGUUUUCCUCUCGACCCAGCGAACCUUUCACUUGGGACACUUAUUCCCUACAAUCAGCUUCGCGCCUUUCACGAUCUUGCUACUUACAUCGUCUCUGCCGGUCGCACCACGUUACCAACCUUUUUUCACGAGGAGGCAAACCCGUUUGAUGGCUCAACGGAACGAUUUGGUCCUCCGCAUGUUUCUUUGCAUUCUUCUGUGGGUGUACAAAUAAAUUUACUGCAUGUACGAAACGCGGGAACUCGAUUCGCAACAGUGCGGGCGAAUUGCCGUGUUUCAGGGGGAAAAUGGUACUAUGAGGUCACGUUGCGUUCUCAGGGACUCGUUCAGAUUGGAUGGGCUUCAUCGGAUGACCCACAAACGGGAGGUGUCGGGGACACUCCCAAUUCGUGGUCGAUCGAUCUCUUUCGACGUCUUAAGUGGCAUGAUGGAAAGAGUGAACCCCUCACUGCUUCACGUCGCUGGGUGGUGGGAGACGUCAUUGGUUGUGCAUUGGAUAUUGUGGAGAGAAAAAUGAUCUUCCUGUACAAUGGUAGACUUUUAUGUGAUAGUAACUUGAACGAUAGCACAUUUGCGGGGCUACCGACUACGAUUGCCUACGAACCUGCAGUCUCGCUUCGAGCUGGGAAUGAAGUGUUGUUUAACUUUGGAUCCUCCAGUUUCAAGUACAAACCUGAAGGAUUUUGUGCGUUAGGUGUUCCGGACUCCUGGAAUGAACGGAUGGAUGCCUUUUACUCGACUCUUCGUCCAUCAACAACACUACUGCGGUUACGAGCCUUGCGCGAUAUUUGGCUUUCUGCUGAUGAGUUUACUAUACGGGAUAAGGUGAAACCCUAUUCUAUGGUUGUGGAAGCCAUACAGCAGUACUGCCAAAGGGAGGGCAAAAGUUUUGCACAGAUAACGGAGGAAGUCUGCACGGAGAUCUUUCGAGAUCUUCCUAUCCCCGCUCAGGAAGCAUGGAAGACAUAUAUGCUACUGGUUGCCUUUUCUCGGGUUUCACAGACUGUUAUCCCGUUUCUGCAUCUUGAUACCCGACAUCCUAAUAUAUCCACAAAACUUUUUUUAGCGUGUCGUGGUCUUCUUUUUGCGUCACUUAGGAAUGAUAUCAUAGAUGACAUUCUUCGUGUGACAAAUGUUCGUACCGAACACCUUCGGCUGUCUAUUAACAGAUUGAAGGCCCGUUCAAACAAGGGUUUAUGGAUGUCAACCGUCUUUGGGCAAACUUUUUCCUUACUAGCCGGCCAGCAUCCACGCGCAUUUCGUACAAACAAACGGCUUUGGGGUGUUGUGUUUCUAGGUGAGGGUUCCGAGGACGUUGGUGGCCCAUUCCGAGAGCACAUUAGUGAGAUGUGCCGUGAGCUUAUGAGCACCUCCUUGCCGCUGUUUGUUCCAACAGCCAACAAUGUGCAUGACACAGGUACGUACCGUGAUGCCUUUGUGCCUGCUGCAUCUGCGGUAGGAGCGGCCGAGUUGGCGGCAUUUGUGUUUCUUGGCCAGUUAAUGGGUGGGGCUAUGCGAAACAAUGAACCACUAGGUCUUUUUUUCCCUCCUAUUGUCUGGAAGUUUUUAUGCUUCUAUCCCAUUGAGGAAUCGGACAUCGACGAUGUAGAUCGCAUUUGCUUGCAGUGCAUCCGAGAGUUUAGAAGUUUGAAGAGCCGUGUCGGCUCUGGUGACAUGUUUGAUGAUGUAUUUGAUGCUGAGACCUUUACAACGCGUCUCAGCGACGGGUCAAUAAAGGAGUUGAUACCGGGCGGAAGUAGCACCCGUGUUACUCUGGAGCGCUGUGAGGACUACGCUGACGCCCUUUCUUCUGCACGACUUGGUGAGUACACGCGGCAGCUUGGGAAGAUACGCGAUGGGUUACUGAGCGUGAUUCCUGAAACUGUGCUUUGCCUGUUGACCCCAAGCGAACUGGAGUUUCGCAUUUGCGGUAAACCAGAUUACUCUGUGGGAGAGUUGAGAGAGGGUGCUCUGUACGAGGGGCUGACAAGUGAUGACAGAAGGGUACAAUUUUUGUGGCAAGCCCUGGAAGAUGCGACGCCAUUGCAACGCCGACUAUUCCUGCGGUUUGUUUCCGGGCGGGACAGGCUCCCUGUCAAGCUGCGUGUUCUACCGCUCUCUACCUCAGGCGACGCGGAUAGCGCACUGCCCCGUGCAGCCACCUGCUUUUUUGCCCUGGAGCUCCCGGACUACUCGUCAGUGGAGGUGCUGAAGGCCAAGUUGUACUAUAGUAUCGAAAACUGCGCUGACAUCGACACCGACUUUAACCCGCGAGAAGUGGACGAAGGUGAGGCGCCGCAGCUGAUGGUGGGCCUGGAAGAUACACGUCAGGAUGAAGUGGACCCGGCCAUGCUAAGUGACUGA